AUGAGUUCACGGGAUAUUCUAUCCGACUCAAUAAUAUACAAUGAUAGUGAAUCUAGUUCGAAUAAUAGUGAAUCCGAGGCAAGUUUAGUAGAUGAGCCAGGGAAUAACAUUAAUGGCAAUCACACAAACGAUACGAAUAACUCAAACGAUUUAACGGAUGCAUAUGCGGGCAAUAGUAUUGCCAAUGAAAGUGAUGUAGAAAAUGAAGGUGACGAUGAACACAACGCUUCUCCCGAAUAUAAUAAUAAGCGUAUUAUCUUGCAAAAAUUCACAAUAUAUAAUUCGCUUACUACGAUGUACAUUGUUGGGAGUAAUGCAAAAGAAAGUUUAUUUCGUGUGUUAGAAAUAAGUAAAGACUCCAAAGAUGAAACUAAUCUCACAAUUAUUGAAGAUAAGAACUAUUUUUAUACCAGGAAAGACAUGAUAGAAUUGAUCAAUGGCUUAAAUGAAUCGGUAGAAGGAAAUCUCCGUAAGAUAGCACAAGGUUACGGUCUCUUGGGACUAAUCAAAUUUACGAAAGGAUAUUACUUAAGUAUAAUUACCAAACGAAGCCAAGUAGCUAUUAUUGGGGGCCAUUUUAUAUAUCAUGUUGACGAAACAAAAUUAAUUCCAAUGGAUGUGAAUUAUAGGAGACCAGAUAAAUACAGUGACGAGGAAAGAUUAUUAUCUAUUUUCAAGUAUAUGGAUUUGGGGAAGACAUUCUACUUCAGUUAUGCGUAUGAUCUUACAAACACAUUACAAACGAACAUUAUAAGGCACAAAAAACUUGCAACAGAAUACCAAUAUAAACAGGAUAAGCACGAAAGUAAAGAGAUACCAGAUCAUUUUGAUAAUUUUGAACAUAAUGAGCGGUUUGUUUGGAAUAAACUACUACUAAGACCAAUGUUAGAAAACCCUGAUAUCGCAACGUACGAAUGGUUCCAGCCUAUUAUUCAUGGAUUUAUCGACCAGGCUAACAUAUCAAUUUAUGGAAAGAAGAUUUACAUUACAAUAUUAGCUCGUCGUUCUCAUCAUUUUGCCGGAGCCAGAUUUUUGAAAAGAGGAGUUAACGAUAAAGGAAACGUUGCAAAUGAGGUAGAGACAGAACAAAUUGUUUCUGAUAUGUUGAUAUCGUCUUUUCAUGAUACAAAACAUGGUUUUUUUAAUAACCCAAGAUAUACUAGUUUUGUUCAGCAUAGAGGUUCCAUCCCGCUCUAUUGGACUCAGGAUUUGAAUAGAUUACCCAAGCCACCAAUAGAGAUCAACUUGCCUGACCCAUUCUAUCAAAGCUCGGCAAUACAUUUCAAUGGUCUUUUUAGAAGAUACGGCCUGCCAGUGAUUAUAUUAAAUCUAAUCAAAACCAAGGAAAAGCAGCCCCGAGAACUGAAGUUGAACCAACACUUUACGAAUUGCAUAAAAUAUCUAAAUCAAUUUUUGCCGGAAGAACAUAAAUUACAGUAUCAUUCAUUUGAUAUGUCUAAACAUUCUAAGAAGAAUUUAGAUGUUAUCACACCUUUACAGAAAAUUGCAUCGAAUUCCAUAGAUCGAAUUGGCUUUUUUCAUAAUGGUACUGAUCUAGCUUCAACGAAAGUGCAGAAGGGUAUUAUUAGAACGAAUUGUAUUGAUUGUCUUGAUCGUACAAAUGCUGCUCAGUUUAUAAUUUGCAAAGAAGCGCUUUCGUAUCAAUUGAGGAGCCUCAACAUCAUUUCAGAAUCAACAAACUUGGACUAUGAUUCUGAUUUGAUUAACAUUCUUACUGAGAUAUUUCAUGAUCAUGGAGAUACAAUUGCAGUACAAUAUGGUGGAUCGAACUUGGUGAAUACAAUGGAUUCAUACCGUAGAAUAAAUCAGUGGUCAUCACAUACGAGAGAUAUUUUGAAUAGUAUAAAAAGAAUUUAUUCGAAUUCUUUUAUGGACCUGACAAGACAAGAGGCCAUUAAUUUGUUUUUGGGAAAUUAUCAAUAUUCACCAGACAAGCCUAAAUUAUGGGAACUACAAAAUGAUUUCUACUUACAUAACGAUAUCUUAAUCGAAGACAUAAGGAUAAAAUUGAGCUAUAUUCGUUGGUACAACGAGCACUACUUAUCCAACGAUAGAUUUAAAUUUAAUAUGAUCGAGUCUGAUAAAAAGAAUGAAAAUCAAUUUGAUAUGUCUUACAAAAAAUUAAUGCCAUUUCCGGAGUAUAAUGAUAAUUGGUUUAAUGAGUGCUACGCUUCUCUGAAAUUCCAAUCGAUGUAUGAGUUAUUUCAGUUCAAUAUGAACUCCAACGCCCGUUAUUUCCCGUCCAUAGUUAAUGUUGGGCUGAUUAAGAAGUUUGACUAUAGUCCAUUCGAGUCAAGGAAACCGUUUUUAAGAUCAAAUAGAACUGACGAAACUGAUCUUAUGACUUCAAAAAAUGGUGUAAAAAAUUUACAAUACUUAGAAGUAUGUAAGGAAGAAACUGAUAGUAAAACAAAAGAUAUCAUGAAGGACAUAGAAGAAGACGAAGAUGACGAGGAAGUAGAAAUCCAAUCUAUCAGAUCGAAGUUUGUCAGAGAUCCUUCGAACACUUCCUUUAAACACAACCAACAAUAUACUCAUCAUAACGAUUCCGGCCAUAAUUAUAUUAGUAUUGCCAACUCAAAGAAAAUUAAGAACUUUCUUGCAACAAAAAUUGAGAAAUUAGGGUAUACAACUGGAUUACACUCGGCGAAGGAUUUGAAAUCGCCGAAUAAGUCGUAUUCUACAUCACCUAAUUUGCAUUUCGAGUCCAUGCCUUUAGCAGAUCUGGAAUCUAUGGAUGAGUAUGAUUAUAUCAAGUCUCUAGCUAAACCAAAAUUGAAGGAGGAAGAUUUGGACUUGUACCAUUCGCAAGCUGAUUUGUCCAAUUUUGCCUAUCAUCCAUCAAUUUAUUCCGAAGCACAAAUCUCCAAUGUGACUAAUAAACUAAGCAUUGAUUUCAAAGACAAUGACAUUUACAAAUACUACACUUCAGCAUUGGUCAACUAUAACGAUCAUCAACAAUUCGAUGAAAUCAGCCGUUUCAGUAAUGCAUACAUUCGCCAAGUGGGGAAUAUAGACCCGCACGAUGCAAAAUUAUACGGACAAUAUAUGGGCGUUGAUGAAGAUAAGAUAUUUGGUUUCAAUACUGAGGACGAUUAUUUCAGAUAA